GAAAGUGAGAGGAGGGAGAGGGGCGAGAGAGAGUAAAAGGGAGAGAAAGACUGAUUCAGAAGAUAAAGGAAAGAGUCAGGGAAUGUGAAACAUUGAAAGAGAAACGAGAGAAAGAAAAAGGGGAGGGGAUGUGAAAGCCAGAGAGGGAGGGGGAGGAAAAGAGAGAGAGAGAGAGUCGCCAUUACUGCUGCGCCGAGGGAGCCCCGUUGACGUCUCGCACGUCCCCCGUGUUAUCUUUCGAGGCCAGUCGCAGCAACAGCGACAGCAAGGCGGCCGGCCGAGCGAGAAAGCGAGCGAGAGCUGCCCCCGACACACGUCAUUGCCCCCGGGUGGAGCGGCCGCGAGGGCAGCACCGGACGUGGAUCGAGUGGCCCGUGGACGCGUUUUCUCGCGGAGUUUUCCCUCUCUCCUCUUUUGUGCUUUUCAAGGCGGAGACGCUCCCGAAGAGGAGAGGAGGACGUUGGAGCGACCAUGUUGUUCUUCCUGCUAGGCAGGUGAUAAGAGGGGACGUCGUCCGCCACCUCCCGCAAGAUUGGACAGGAACGGGGGACCGGUCGCUCGCGCCAAGCCGAAGAUGAAUGAUCCCCUGAGCUUUUUCUCCCGGCAGCGAGCGAGUCGGCGAUGAGCGCUUGGAUAUAAUAUCAUGGCCAAGAACAAGGACGCGCGGCCCCCGACGUUCGCCGUCAGCGUGGUCGGCCUCUCCGGCACGGAGAAAGACAAGGGCAACUGCGGCGUGGGCAAGUCGUGCCUUUGCAACCGAUACGUGCGACCGGACGCCGACGACUACUACUCGGAGCACACGUCCGUGCUGAGCACCAUCGACUUUGGGGGGCGCGUGGUGAACAAUGACCACUUCCUGUACUGGGGCGACGUUCCCCACCGGGGGGACGAGGGACUGGACUGUAAAGUCCAAGUCAUCGAGCAGACGGAGUUCAUCGACGACCAGACCUUUCAGGCGCACCGGAGCACCAACAUGCAGCAGUACAGCAAGCGGGCGGCGACCACCAAGCUCCAGUCGGCCGAAAAGCUCAUGUACAUCUGCACGGACCAGCUGGGCCUGGAGCAGGACUUUGACCAGAAGCAGAUGCCGGACGGGAAGCUGAACGUCGACGCCUUCGUGCUGUGCGUGGACGUCAGCAGGGGCUGCAACAGGAAGUUUGACGACCAAAUGAAGUUUGUCAACGGCCUCUACUCGCAAAUCGCCAAGUCCAAGAAACCCGUGGUGGUCGCCGCGACCAAAUGCGACGACUUUGUCGAGCAGCACCUGAGGGAGCUCCAGACUUUUGUGGCCGGCAAGAAGAACCUGGUCCUGGUGGAGACGUCGGCGCGCGCCAACGUCAACGUGGAGCUCUGCUUCAACGCCCUCCUCCAGCAGCUGGACAAAACCCGCGGCAAGCCCAAAAUGGUUCCCUACUCGGAGGCCUGCAAAGUCCAGAGGCAGCUCGUCGCCUCGGCGACCGAGCGAUUCGAGAAGCUCACGGUGCAGCUGGUGCGAGAUUACCACGCCACCUGGAAAGGGGCGGUCGGCAGCAUGAAGGGCAACCCCGACUACGAGGAGUUCGUCACCCUGGAGGGCUCCGGGAAGGGCCGCGCCGUGUUCGCCAAGCACGUGGCGCAACUCAAACAAGAGCACGUCAGGAGGAGGCGAGAGGAGUACCUGACCACCCUGCCCAAGACCCUCGGCAACCUCCUGAGUCGUUUGGACGAGGUGGAGCACCUGACGUGGGGCGAGGCGCAAAGCCUCAUCCGCCGCCGUCCCGAUUUCCACUGCUGGUUCGUGGUCCUGGAGCGCACGCCCUGGGACGCGUCGGACCACGUCGACAACAGCGACCGGCGGAUACCCUUCGACCUCCUGGGCACGCCCGACGGCGAGAGGAUUUACCACAACCACGUCCAGCACCUGCUGUCGGAAAAGAGGCGGCUGGACGCGAAGGAGCGCUUCAAGAAAACGCUGGAGCGCCUUCACUUCAUCGGCGCCGGGCAGCCUUGGGAGGAGGUGGCGUGCUUGGCGAUGGAGGACGACGCCUCCAAGUUGAUCGGCGAGUCGGAUCGGCGGGACGUGUACGCGCGACACCAGCAGGAAAUCGUGGAGCGGGCCAAGGAGGACUUUCAGGAAAUGCUCUUCGAGCACGCCGAGCUCUUCUACGACUUGGACUUAAACGCCACGCCCAGCUGCGACAAGAUGAGCGAAAUCCACGCCGUGCUCAGCGAGGAGCCCAGGUACCGGGCGCUGCAAAAACUGGCGCCGGACCGCGAGUCCCUCCUCCUCAAGCACAUCGGCUUCGUCUACCAUCCCACCAAGGAGACGUGCCUGAGCGGGCACAACUGCGUGGACCUGAAAGUGGAGCAGGUUCUGGCCAACCGGCUGCUCCAGCAGGACCACGGCCGCUCGGACCUCUACCGCUACGGCGGCGCCGACGUGGACAAGGUCAACCUCUGCCUCCUGGGCAGGGAGGGCCUUUCGCAAGAACUGGCCAACGAGAUCCGAGCGCAGUCCACGGACGACGAGUACGCCCUGGACGGCAAGAUUUACGAGCUGGAGCUCCUCCCCGUGGACGUCAACUCCACGCUGCUCUUCAGCCACACCUGGGUGGCCACGUUCAAGCCGCACGGCUGCUUCUGCGUCUUCAAUUCCAUCGAGUCGCUCAACUGCGUCGGCGACUGCGUCGGCAGGAUCCGGGCCGAGAUCGCCCAGAGCCGGAGGGAGAGAUUUGCCCCUCCCCUCCCCUUCGUCCUCAUCCUGGCCAACCAGCGGGACGGCGUGUGCAAGAACGUCCCCAUCCUGCGGCACCAGGGCCAGCAGCUGGCCAACAAGCUGCAGUGCACCUACGUGGACGUUCCCUCGGGCGCCUUUCCGCGCAAGUUCACCGAGUUCCAGGUCAAGCAGGGCCUGCGGGCCGUCCUGGACGGGCUGCGGCAGAACUCGGACGUCCUGGCGCCGCCGCCCUCCAUCAAAGACGCGUCCGAGGCCGACCUGCGCGUGGUCAUGUGCGCCGUGUGCUGGGACCCCUUCAGCGUGGACCUCAUCCUCUCCCCGUUCCUGGAGUCGCGCUGCUGCGGCGCCGGGCGGCCGGGCCGGGCCAACGCGCUGCUCCUGGACAAGAUGGUCGGGGCCGGCCGCAGGAGGAUUCAGGUCACCGUGCUCUCCUACCACUCCGCCAUCGGCGUGCGCAAAGACGAGCUGGUGCACGGCUACAUCCUGGUCUACUCGGCCAAGCGCAAGGCGUCCAUGGCCACGCUGCGCGCCUUCCUGGCCGAGGUCCAGGACGUGAUCCCGGUGCAGAUGGUCGCCGUCACCGACAGCCAGGCCGACUUCUUUGAAAACGACGCCAUCAAGGAGCUGAUGACCGAAGGCGAGCGCAUCGCCACCGAGAUCGCCGCCAAAUUCACGGCGCUCUACUCGCUGUCGCAGUACCACCGGCAGACCGAGGUCUUCACGCCCUUCUUCAACGAAGCGCUGGAGAAGAAACGCGACGUCGAGAGCGCCUUCCUGCUCGACGGCGCGUCCAGGGAGUGCGCCGCGGGGGCCGGCGAAGAGGUUUUCCGCACCUCCCCGCGCGGCCGCUCGCCGGCCUACGACGCGUACUACCCGGAGUCGGACGACGACAACGAAGCCCCGCCGCCGUACAGUCCCAUCGGCGACGACGUGCAGCUUCUUCCCACGCCCAGCGAGCGCGCCAAGUACCGCGUCGACCCGGAGGGCAACGAGUACCCGGUCCACGGCGCGCCCGCCGGCGACCACGAGCGCAACCACAAAGUGCCGCCGCCCGUCCGCCCCAAGCCGGCGCUCCCGAAGCCCGGCGUGAAAAAGCUGGACCCCAACUUGCUGAAAACCAUCGAAGCCGGAAUGCGGGGCAACCGGCGGCCGCCGCGCGGNCACGCCGCGCACCCCGACGACGCGGAGCCUUCGGACGGCUAUGCCGACCCCGCCGACGCCUUGCUGAGGAGCGGGGCCUUCCGGCCCGACGACAUCUACGCCGAGCCGGACGACGCGCGCGACCGCCCGCUCAAGGUCCGCAACUCGUUGGGCCUCCGCGGCGGAGCGGAGGACGAGAACGGAUACGAGCGCAAGGCCCAGGCCGGACGGAGGCCCUCCAAGUACAAACACCGCUCCAAAAUCCUCUUCAGCAAGACCAAGGCCUACCAAAGGCGUUUCCACUCGGACAGCGACGGCGAGGAGACCGGGCCCGCCGUGCAGCAGAAGAAGAAGAAGGGACGGGCCCAUCGGGGCAGCGAGGAGGACCCCCUGCUGUCUCCCGCCGACCCCUGGAAGGGCGGCAUCGACAACCCCGCCGUCACCUCCGACCCCGAGCAGGAAGACAAGAAGAUGAAGAAGAAGAAGACGCCCAAGACGUCAAAGGAAACCAAGAAGGCCAAAUCGUCGAAGGCGCCGAAGCCGCUGUACCCGCCCACGCGGCGAACGUGGGAGAGCAACUACUUUGGCGUCCCGCUGCACAACUUGGUGUGCCCCGAGCGGCCCAUCCCGCUCUUCAUCGAGAAGUGCGUCGACUACAUCGAGCGCACGGGUUUGACCACGGAAGGCUUGUACCGCGUCAGUGGCAACAAGACGGACCAGGACAACAUCCAGAAGCAGUUUGACCAAGAUCCCAGCGUGGACCUGCUGGCGCUGGACGUGGCCAUCAACGCGGCGGCCGGCGCUCUCAAGGCUUUCUUCGCCGACCUGCCGGACCCGCUCAUCCCGUACGCGCUCCAUCCCGAACUCGUCCAGGCCGCAAAACUGGCCGACUACGCCGAGCGUCUGCACGUCCUCAAGGAAAUCGUCAACAAGUUUCCCUCCGUCAACUAUCACGUCUUCAAGUACAUCAUCACGCACCUCAACAGGGUGAGCCAGCACAGCAAGAGUACGCUGAUGACGGCCGACAACUUGUCCAUCUGCUUCUGGCCCACGCUCAUGCGGCCCGACUUUGAGAACAAAGACACGCUGUCCAGCACCAAGCUCAACCAGGCCGUGGUGGAGACCUUCAUCGUGCAGAGCGACUUCUUCUUCCACGGCGGCGACGCGGUCCGCGACGACGGCGCCGGCGGGCCACUGCCCCUGCAGCUGCCGCCCCCCCUGCAGCCGCAACAGAUCCAGCGCGCGCUGCCGCCCGAGCCUCUCGUUUGAGCCGCGCCCUCCUCCUCCGCCGUCGGGCGCUCCGAGGCCACGCCCGCUGAAAUCCAGCCCACCCCCAAAAAUACCGCUUGAAAAGUUGGCCGCGUUCCCUUUUUGGCCGCGGAUUGAACAACAGGCUGCAGGAGUGACACCCGAAAAUGGCCACAAAGCCCUACUUUUGCAUAAAUCGGGCUCCUCGACUCAUUCUUGGCAGCGCCGCGUCACAAAACAGCACUCGGUUAGUUUGCGACCCAAAAAUUUGAAUUGACGUAAAAAAACAAAUGCUGGUUAAUAUGAUCGUCCGUUCGCUGUUGCACCCUGACACCAAUUAAAUAUUCCACUUCAAAUCAUUCCUGUGGCCUGCUUUUCAAUUCCCUUUUUCCCUGAGCUAAAAUUUGAAAAUUACUUGAUUGGAUUUUUUUUUUCUUUUCACCAAGAAAAUUAGUUCUUUUUUUUUUUUUUUGGGUGGGUUGGCCUGCUGAUGGAAAAUGUCGUGAAGGCAAUGAUUUGUUCAUUGAGGAGAACAAUGCCAAACGCCUCUUUUUGGACUCGGGUCAAGGGUCAACUAAGUGACUUGUCAUCCAGUGACGUCCGCCCACUCCGCUGGUUGGGAAAAAGAAAAAAAAAAAAACCCAGCCUGUCUUCCUCAUGGUCGUCACAUUUCUGCACAGGAAGCCUCAUCUGCCUCAUCGUCACUUGGAGAGAAGACGACGAGCGGGCGGAUUUUCUCUCUUGCCGUCUUCAUUUCGAGCGCGCGCUUGUGUGCGGAUUUAGGAGGGAAAAUGUGACAUCCGGCGCGUGAAACUUUUGCGAACAAAGGGACAAACCGCGCCCGCACACGACGUCCGCAUGUUUCCUAGUGAACGACGACAACAAAAAAGCAAAACAAGCAUUCGUUAGCGUUCUCGCCGGGAAUUCGGUUCAUGGGGAAGGAAUUGUUUCUUUUUUCCCCUGCUGAAAUAGCUUUUUGUUUCUUUUCGAAAUAGAGGAAAUACAGUGCGUGUUUAUCAGAGAAUCGCUCUCUUUCUCCCCGACAAAUGCCGCAGGCGAGUACGAGAGGCGACGCGAGGUCCGUCAGUCCGCGUGUCGGCGGCGCUCGCGAUGCAGCUGCGGAAGGCAAGUCGGGGGCCUGCGGAAACUCAAUCGGAGUCAAUUCGACCUGAAUUGGAAGCGGGCCUGCGUGCUGAUCCGUUCCCAAUAUAUACGCUGUCCUCACCUCAAUGUGAAAGCAAGCGCAUCUCCUCAAUUGGGAGACUUGCGGUCAGAAUUUGGGUUUCGGCUGGGCGGGGAGAGCCGCGCGCCGACCGUCGGCAACAAGCACUUUGUGGACGCGAAUGUUGGGAGUUUGGGCGCAAGACAAACCCAAAUGUGGACGGGCGACGGCGUCUGCUUUCGGUCCACCCCGACCGCACUCGACGCGCACGUGUGCGCUGCGGAGGAAAAAAAAAAAAAGGCCGGCCGGGAGCGUGCGCGCGCGCGUGUCGAAAUGUGAGCGAGCCAAGACUCGGCGUGAAGUCAGCGGUUUCGUCAAAGUGUGUGCCCGAGUGCGAAAUGCUUGCGAGCAGGUGUCGAACGAGCGGACGUCGGCGGUCGGGACGCGCGUCCGCGCCACGUCGGUGACGUCUUGGCGUCAUGCUAACAAGCUGCUGACACCUGAAACCAAACAAACGCACUCUGGGCUCGCGCGUGUGUGCGUGCGUGUGUGUGUGUGUGUGUGUGUGUGUUGAACUGGCAGUCAAAUGGAUGGAGUGGACAACGCAAAGCAAAGGGAAAAUGUAGCAAUCCACGUGGGAAUAAAUCUUGCUUUUCUUUUCUUUUAAGUUCUUGUUCACAAAGCAAACUUUGUUGGUAGUCGAUGAGCGUGGCCCUUUUCUUCCAAAGGCAUUCAAGGGACAAAACCUUGGCGACUGGAUUGUGGCCGUCAGCUUCCGGGACGUUGGCCAAUAAACUUUUAGCGGCUGCUCAACCAGGAAACAAACAAACAAACAAACAAACAAAAAAGGUUUUCCUACUUGCGAGUUGGGUCGCCUUGCGCGACACGCUUUAUAUUUUCAGCCGGCAGACAAAAUGCUGGAAACUCCAAAAGGUUUAUCCUGUUUCCAAAUAAACUUGUUUGUUUUCAGAACA